ACAUAUUUUAAUUAAAAACAUAUAAAAUUACCUUAUUACCCUCAUCCUCACCGUCACCCUCCCAAUCCCUCUUCUUCCCCUUCUUUUUUUCUCUUUCUUUCUUUCGAGUUCGGUGGAAACCCAGCAUUGCUGGGUUCGUCGACUAGCCAAGGCUAGGUUCAUCUGAACCCAACAGAUCUUGGUUUCGACGAACCCAGCUUUGCUGGGAAAGCUUGGUUCUUGUUUUCUCGUUCUUCUUUCGAUUUCCAUUUCCAGUUGUUAAUAUAUUUGGAGAUUGAUUUAUAAUUUGAUUGCAUUUUUUUUGGAAUUUGAUUAAAGUUUGAUUGUAUUUUUGUUGAAAUUCGAUUAGAGUUUGAUUGGUAUUGUUUAUUGAAGGGUUAUUUUGAUUUGGUAAGAUUUGCCAGGUUUGAGGUUUCAAUGAAACCCAGUAGCUCAAGUUUCCUCGAGAAAAGAGAAGAAGAAGAAAUGGGUGGGUUAAGAUCGGUUUUGUAGAUGGAGUGGAGAUGAGAGAGCAUUCACGGAAAAAGAAGAAAUGGGUUAAGAUCGAUUUUGCAGAUGGAGUGGAGAUGAUAGAGCAUUCAGAGAAUAAGAAGAAAUGGUUUAAGAUCGAUUUUGCAGACGGUGAAGAUGAGAGACCAGUUUGCAGGCAACUGGAAUUCAUUGGAGGGGUUUGGCGUGAAGAAGAUGACAUGUCAUAAAAAAAAAAAAAAGUCCAGAUAAGCAUCUUUUUAAGUUGUACUCGCUAUGUCAUCAAAAAAAUAUUAAAAAUGCCAUGUGGCC